AUGGCAAAGGAGGUGGGUAUCAACUACCAGCCCCCCACCGUGGUGCCUGGGGGAGACCUGGCCAAGGUGCAGAGGGCCGUGUGCAUGCUGAGCAACACCACUGCCAUCGCAGAGGCCUGGGCCCGCCUGGACCACAAGUUUGACCUCAUGUACGCCAAGCGGGCCUUCGUGCACUGGUAUGUGGGAGAAGGCAUGGAGGAAGGGGAGUUCUCAGAGGCCCGGGAGGACCUGGCAGCGCUGGAGAAGGAUUAUGAAGAGGUGGGCGUGGAUUCCGUGGAAGCAGAGGCAGAGGAAGGGGAAGAAUACUGA